AUGGUGGCUGGCUCGUUUUACAUACCAAAAUCUAACAAAGCGCCUCUCUGGGAAGAUGCACAUUUUAUAUGCAUAGAGGAAGAAACUAUAGGUGUAGCAGAUGGCAUUGGUGGUUGGGCUAAAAGGGUAUCAAUUCUGGAGAAUAUUCAAGACAACUGUUACAGUAAGAAUAGAGGAUGUGCUAGUGAUGGUACAGAUGGAUUGUUCGAUAAUGCUCACGACACUGAGUUGGAGAAAUUAGUAUGUGACGGGCUAGUGGAUUUGCGCGAACUGGGAACAUUUUCAAAGAUGUUAGCACGAAAGAUUGCAGAAUAUGCAUUGCAGAAAUCAGAAAAUAAAAGUAUUUAUACACCUUUUGCCAUAGACUGCCUCAAAGUUGGCAAAUAUCGUGUGGGUAGCAAGCGUGAUGACAUUAUAGUGAUAGUUGCCCAUAUUUUGCCCCGGUAG